AGAAUAUAGUACUUGAUAUGUCGAAAAUCGGGCGCCCACAGCGGUCGUCCUGCAGAGUGAUUCAACGCGACUCCCCUGCAGCCACCCAAUCACACCCGCCAACCCACCAUCGUCGGUCGACUAAUGUACAACGGACUAUCUUCAUCACCUUCACCCACAUGGACCCAAAUGUCCCUUGCGCCUGCAUACAUCCCUUUCUUCUUUCUUUUCUAUCGUUGCACUAUUCUUUCAAUUUCUUUUUUUUUUCUCCACUACCCCGACUCCUAACUUCCCCCUCAAUCCACUUACCACUCACCACUCACCACGAUAUUCCGUACUUCCGACCUCCUGGGUUCUACUAUCAGCCCACCCUCAUCCUUGCAUCCCCCCGCCUCUUUUGCCCGCCAUCCCUGAUCGAGAAUUAUUCUUCCCUUUCCAAUCUCCCCUUGAUUCUGGCCACGACUCUGUCUCGAUCUAUCGACCGGCUCAUUUGUCUCUGCUUUCGUCGCAUGGGUGCUUGGCUCGUUCCACCCACCGCAUUGACCGUCCUGGCUCUCCUGGACCGUUGGUACUUAUACCAGGGUACAUCACUAGUCGAGUUCUCCUUCUGGUUUCCCUCCCCGGAGUGGGACGCAUCGCGAUUUUCCCAUCUCUGCGGGUGGGCUCAUCAUGUCGUUAAAACAGGAAAUUGAGACUUGGGUGCUCGCCCUCGAGCACUACGACAAUCAGCAAUUCGACGAAGCCCUCCGCGUAUUUGACGCCAUCGCCGAUACCUCCAAGAUCUUCUUCAACUGCGGUGUGAUUUAUGCGACGGUGGGCGAGCACGACAAAGCGGUCGAGUGCUAUCAGCGUGCUAUCGGGCUGGACCAAUACCUCGCCAUCGCCUAUUUCCAAGAGGGCGUCUCCAAUUUUCUCCUCGGCGACUUUGAAGAGGCAUUGGCCAAUUUCAACGAUACCCUGUUGUACCUCCGCGGCAACACCUCCAUUGACUAUGAUCAGCUGGGCUUGAAAUUCCGGCUCUUCUCGUGCGAAGUCCUGUUCAAUCGGGGGCUCUGUUACAUCUAUCUGCGGCAGAUGGGACCCGGAUUGCAAGAUCUGGAGUACGCGGCCAAGGAACAGGUCACUCCAGACCAUGCAGUCAUCAACGACGCCCUCCGCGAACACGCUGAAGGCUACACCGUCUUCUCGAUCCCCGUCGGGGUCCUCUACCGCCCCAACGAAGCCAAAGUCAAGAACCUCAAGACCAAAGAUUACCUAGGCAAGGCUCGAUUGAUCGCAGCAUCUGACCGAUACGGCGGUCCCCACCCCAGCGAACUCCAGCGCGCACAGUCCGUGCUGGACACUCGACAUCCAGACAACCCACCCUUCGCCGUCAGCCACCUCGUGCAGAAGAACCUAACCAGUCGCAGCCGCCAACAUUCCGAACCGCCCCUGAACCGCAACCUGUUCCCGCCCACGCCGCCACCAGACGCCGACAAGGCCAGCAGCACCAGCAGCGCCGGCAGUAUCGGGCGACCGGGGUCCCUUCGCGCCGCGCGCCCGCCCCGGUUGGAUCUCGAGCGACCAGGCGCACUGGCCCUGGGACGGCCGGGCGCCGACGUGACCGCGAGCGAAAAACAGCGCAUCGGAACGACGCGGACGGCGUCAGAGCCGCGGGGGUCGUCCGUGCGCGAUUCUGGGCGCCGCGGUGUCAGUGGCAGCAGUUCCGGGACCGGCCCCAUGGCCGUCGGUCGGGAGAUGGGACAUCGACGGGGAGCCAGUGACACCACGGGGAUUCACCCCGAGGCAGCAGCGUACGGCUACAGUGGAGACGGAUACGGGGGAUACGCACCGCCUCGAUCGAUAGUAGUGCCUGCGCCUGGCUCGCGACGCGGCACGGGGCGGCCGCAAGAGCGAUACAUCGACGAGGAAGAAGAGUACGCGAGCGACGCGUACGAAGAAGACGGCCCCGUGCCAGAUGAAGACUUCGAGAUGAUGGGAUCGCGUCGACCGUCGACAUCCUCGUCGUCACCCGUCAAGGGGCCGCGACGGGGGGUGUCGCGACGACCAGAGGUCCACAAGUACCGGGUGAAGGUGCAUUCGCAGGAAGACACGCGGUACAUCAUCAUCGGGCCAACAGUCGGGUUCCGGGAAUUUGAGAUGCGAAUCCGGGAGAAAUUUGGGUUCGUGUCGCUGUUGAAGAUCAAGAUGCAGGAUGAGGGGGAUAUGAUCACUAUGGUUGACCAGGAGGAUUUGGAUUUGUUGAUUGGAGCGUCGAGAGAAAUGGCGCGCCGGGAGGGGAGUGAGAUGGGGAAGAUGGAGAUCUGGGUGGAGGAACGGACGAUGAUUUGAGAUAUGGAGAUAUGGUUUGUAAUGCAUUUAUACCCUGACGUGUUAUGAUAGGAUUGAAUAUUACUUGAUAGAUGGACUGA